AUGGAAAGACUUGUUCGUUGUCAUACAACGAUAAGCCAUUCUGCAGCAGAGGUCCCGUCACCCUCCACUAUGCGGCGAAGAACACGACGUGGAUUCACUGCGUCAAUUGCUGUGCAUAAAUUCAACGAUUCUGAAGUGGCAGAAUUUUCCGAACAGAAGGAAGGUGAGGUCACAGAGGAAGUUGGUGCUGAAACAACUCCCACAACUAAAGCUACUGCGGGUGCGGAAGGUUCAACAACUGGCGUGCCACAGGAAAAAGAAGAGCCGGUAGGAGUAUUGCGUAAUCGUACUCGAGACGAGAACGCCUCCCAUUUCCAAAAAGGCUGUGCAAUCAAAUUCCAAGCUCGGCCACUGUCUGAACGACCCCCUGAAUUCCACGCUCAGUUCGAAGUCGAACUGAAGGUGGACUCUGUGGAGAUGUGUGCGACAAGAUGCUAUCAGGUCGGUUCAUUGAUAAUUAUCUUCCUUCGUGGAGAGCCUCUUUCGCGCAGACAAUGA